UCGUCAGCGCCUGGAACCUUGUGUGCGGCCGUCGCUGGCUCUACACGUUCUCGACAUCCGCGUACAUGGUAGGCGCGAUGGUGAUCGUGCCUCUGGCCGGCAUCGCGUCCGACCGCCAGGGCCGCAGGCCCACUAUCCUCCUUUGCUCCUUCACCAUGCUGCUCGCCACUGUGGCCGCCGGCUCGUCGCAAGUCUUCACCAUGUUCCUCUUGGCACGCUGUCUCGUUGCCGGCACGUCCAGCGCCACCAACCUCCUGGUCUUCAUCGUGCUAUACGAGGUUACAGGCAACGAACAUCGCACCCUCUAUAGCAUCCUGGCUGCGAGCGUCGGUUCGGCGUUGGCGACGCCGCUGCUCUCCGUCGUGGCGCUGGCCGAUCCGCGUUGGGGGCUGUCGCACGCGUUCUUCGUGACUGCCACGGCUAUAGUGGCCGUUUGGUGCUACUCUAUCCAGGAAUCCCCAGUCUGGCUCAUCGAUACGCGCCGAGUUCGGCUCGCCGAGCGUGUCAUACUGUACGCGGCCGCGCAAAAUGGCAUAGAUCUGACGAAAGCCAAGGCCACGUUCAAGGCGCUCAAGCAGCAGCUGAAAAAGCGAGACUUCACGACCCCGACCGUCAGCAUCGGCACGGGCAGCAGCGCAUCGACGUUUAGCCGACGAGCAGCGUCCGUCCUCAUUUCAUGGUUCGGCGUGAGUUUUGCUUUCUUCGGAACCGGCCUCCGCGAGAAGACAAUCGGUAGCCAUUGGGCCGUGGCCGCAUUCGCGCUGCAAGUGCUGCUGCUCCUAUUCGUCUACAACGUCAUCACGAAGUGGGGCCAACGGAACGCGUUGUCCAUGCUGCUGGCAUUGCUUUGCUUGUCCAGCGCCCUGUGCGCCGUCUUUCACACUCUGAACAUGACAUUCCCCUGGACAGCGCUUGCGAGGCUCGUAGUGGACACCAGCGCAUCCGUCGCAAUGACCAUCAAUUAUUGCUACACGACGGAGGUGUUCCCCACCACAAUACGCAGCAUGGGGUUGUGCGUGUCGUACGCGGUUGGGCGAGCUGGCGCACUGCUGGCCACGUUUCUAGACUCGCUGACUGCCGACAACUUCGUGAUGUUCGACGUCGUCCUGACGCUACUGGUGUUCGCCAGUUGCACGGCCAUUCAGUGGCUCCCCGAAAUAUUCCUGCAUAAGAAGAAGGCGGGACAAACCACGCAGCCGGCCGCUAAAACCGAGCAGCAGCGAAAGGAGGCGCUGAAGGCGUCUCUAGGUGAGGGCAUCGAACCUGUCGGCGCGAAGAGUAAAACUCGCAAGUCGCGUCGGAGGGCCACACAGUCCUCCGCGUCUACAGACGUGCGAAUCCCGUGUGGGACCACGUCUCCGGGAUUACCGUGCAGCCCGACUUCUGAAACUGGCACUUCGCCCCGCAACGCAAAGCACUCGAAAAGCAACAAGACCGGCGUAAGCAGUGAUGUUGCUUCGCCGCCUACGCCUCCACUAGGUCCUAUUUCCCAUUGA